AUGGUGUCUGCAAUGGAGUCUUACGCGCGCGAGGGUUUGAGGACUUUGUGCAUCGCUUAUAAAGAAAUAAAAGAGAAAAAGUUUAUACGCUGGUUAAGGGUUUACGAAGAAGCCCAAACCGCCACUGUAGACCGCCAGGAAAAGAUCGAAAAGGCCGCGGAAAUGCUAGAAAAUGACCUGGAGCUGCAGGGCAUUACUGGCCUUGAAGAUAAACUGCAGGAGGGCGUGGGGGAGACCAUUGAGAAGCUGCGGCACGCAGGAAUCAAAGUUUGGAUGUUAACUGGAGACAAAGUGGAAACAGCUUUAAACAUUGCUGUAGCAACUUCGCUGCUGCCACAAGGAAUGCGGCGGCUGUCUUAUGUGAUGGAGGAUUUCCGCAGCAGCAGCAGCAGCAGCAGCAGCAGCAGCAGCAAGGAGCUGCUGCUGCAGCAGCUGCAGCAGGACCUGCGCUCCAUAGCAGCAGAGAAGCGCCGCUGCAGGCCGCCCGUAACAGCAGCAUCAGCAGCAACGGGACUAGCAGCAGCAGCGCCCGGAACCGCAGCAGCAGCAGCAGCAGCAGCAGCAGCAGAAGCAGAAGCAGCAGCAGCAGCAGAAAAAGAAGAAGAAAGAGCUCUUGUCAUUGAUGGAGAAGCAGUUGUGCAUCUUUUAGAAGAUGAUGUUGCCAUUCAGUUUGCUGCUGUUUGCACAGCCUGCAAAACUGUCAUCUGCAGCAGAGUCACCCCCUACCAAAAGGGCGCAGUGGUGACUCUUUUAAAGAAACUCACUGGCGAGGUUACCCUCGCCAUCGGCGAUGGCGCAAAUGACUGCAGUAGGAGAUGA